UUCACAAUUGGGGAAGGAGUUCACAAGUCUGCUCUCUGCCCCCAGACAGAGAGCAGUGACCAGUGUCAAAGCCUACUGGUCAUAUGGCUUGUCUUUCUGGCUGUAAGGGAAGUGGCAGACCACAGAAGCAACACUUUAUAAGAGACUGAGGAAAGGAACUUGUGAAGCAGCCAUUCAGCUAAAGCAAUUACUUACCCGGCCACCUAGAGCUUACAAGGAAGAACACCUUGAAGUGAAAGAAAGGAGAGGCGAUUUGAAGAGCAAUGAAAAGACUUUGGCUGUUUGUUUCCAGUGCAAUUCUGGUGACUGCACAUGCCCUCACUGUGGAAGCACCUGCCAAGGAAACAAAAGUGGCACGAGGGAACAAUGUUACUCUCCACUGCCAGUUUAAAACCGAGGCUUUGAUUGACUCAGGAGACAUUGUCGUCUGGAGAAAACUCAAUAGUGUGGAUGAUGCUGUCACUAGGUAUUUUGAUGGACUUGUCCAGUAUGGCAAGGGCUACGAAAAGCGCAUACAGUUCAGUGGUGAUGUUAACACAGGGGACGUGAGUAUCACCAUCAACGCAGUGACCAUGGCAGACAAUGGCACAUACCUGUGCAGCGUGCGGCUGAGGAAUGACCCCCCCCGGCAAUUCACAACCUUGUCUCUUUUCGUACUUGUUGCACCAUCCAAGCCAGAAUGCAAGGUUUUGGGGACAGCAGAAUAUGGACAGACAAUCAAUCUGACCUGCAAUUCUCAUGAGGGCUCCCCAAAGCCCAGAUAUACCUGGCAAAGCUUCAAUGUACAAAAUGAGCCCCGUGCACUACAAACAACAGAAGGGGAACAAAUAACUCUGAAGAACAUCUCAGCUGAUACCUCUGGCUUUUACAUCUGCACUUCAACAAACAUUGUGGGAAAGGAGUUUUGCAACAUGACAGUCAGCGUAAUGCCACCAUCCAUGAACAUAGCUCUCUACGCCGGCAUCAUUGGUGGAGCUGUUGCUGCAAUUACAGUUAUUAGUAUUUUAGUCUAUUGCUGCUGCCGUCAGACAGAGAAGGGAAAGGACUAUGAGAUGACGGAGCAAGAAGAUAAAAGUGAACACUCCAGGGAGGCACCUGCAAGGCAUCUGAGAGCAGAGGAUGUUGAAGAUGAAUGAAAACGCAGGAGGCCAGUGCCAUCUUCAGGCUUUACUGAGGCACAGACACUGCUGCAGAGGAGAAACCAAUCCCUCUUUUUUACUGCAAGAAAUUUUUUCAGAAUAAUAAGGUGAAAGCUGAUGGCUCUGCCUUCCAAAUUCUGGAAGAGAAUAGCGUUGUCUGCCUGUAAAAAAGUGAUUACAUAUAGAGAGUACACAACCUCAGAGCAGAAAAUGCAUUUGAGGCACUGUUUCAUCCAGUCAUCUAAAAAUAACCAGUCAUCUAGACUUCCCACUCCCUCAAAAAAGAAGCCAGUCAAGUCUAUUUGGAGAACAGAGUUACUGCUGUAACCCCAGCUCCACGGAAGCUUCCAAGGUCACCAACAGAAAGUCAUAAAGGAAAAGUGGUCUUGUUCAUGGUGUUACACGUGCCACAGCUCACAGCAUUGUCCACUACAGAAACUGUUUUAUGCAGACUAAAGCAAGCUGAUUUUGAAGGACAUUUUAUUAAAUGUAUUCUCUGUAUACAUUAUACAUGCACAUAUAAAUAAAAAUAAGAAAACCAUUCACAGAUGACCAAGGAAAGUCUCCUAUUUGGAACAACAAUGCACACUAAUGGAAUGGAUAAGGUAAUAACUUAGAUGAAUUUGUAAUUUAUCAUUUCCUUCUGACUGUUGCAUGGGCAAGUCAGUAAUAAUCCAUUGCUGCCACUUCUGAAAAAAUGACAGUGUGAGAACAUGUAUCUGGCAAACAGAUCUUCAAUAAAAGCAGGGGGGAGGGGAUGAUGACACAGAGAAAAUGUACCAUUUUAUUCAAAAUUGUAACAAUUUAAUCAGAAGCACUGUUUGUGCAAAUGUUGAGAGAACUCCCAUCACUAGUUUAUCAUCUUUGGAAUGGAAUGGACUAUCUUUGUCCAAAAGACUGGCAACAUGGUAUUAGCACAGUAUCAGAGCUGUUUGAGCUUUGUUUAUUUGGUUUGGGGUUUUGGUUUUUUUUGUGGUUUUUUUUGUUUGU